AUGUUAGCAACGGCAAAUCUUAAGUUACACAAGAUUGCAUCAAACGCGGUAGAGGUAAUGCAAGCACUUCCACCAGAAGAUCGAAUUGACAGCAUACAAAACCUUGACCUUCAACGAGACCCACUACCGUCUCAACGUUCCUUGGGUGUUAUGUGGAAUUUACAAAACGAUGCGUUAACAUUCUCCAUUUCCUUACCAGAAAAACCCUUCACCCGUCGCGGAGUUCUAUCAGUUAUUAACUCAAUAUACGACCCUCUUGGCUUCGGAACCCCAGUCACGUUACCGGGAAGACUCCUACUACGGCAGCUGACAAUACUAGGAAAUGAGAAAGGAAACGACAGUUUACCAUUAGGGUGGGACGACCCUUUACCCACUUCACUCUGGAAGAAAUGGCACGAGUGGACAGUUGGUCUAUACGAUCUGCAAGAUAUCAUGAUUCCUAGAUGUUAUCUUCCACAGAACUCAAACGAGGUCAGAAAAGCAGAAAUCCAUGCCUUUUCCGAUGCCAGCCACUACGCAAUCGGUAUUGCUGUCUAUUUGAAGCUAACCAAUCAAGCUGAAGUCAGUAGAGUUUCACUUGUGUUCGCUCAAGCAAAGCUAGCUCCCAAACAAGCGACAACGAUCCCAAGAUUAGAACUAUGUGCAGCCGUACUUGCAAGCAAAGCGGUCAAGUGGAUAACCCGAGAACUUAAGCUCAGAAUAGACAAAGUCAUUUUCUACACCGACUCUAAGGUAGUACUCGGCUACAUCCAGAACGAGAGCCGUCGUUUUUACGUCUACGUAGCCAACAGAAUUCAAAUCAUCCGAAGUAUCACUGACCCUUCUCAAUGGAGAUACGUGGAGACAAAGGAAAACCCAGCUGAUAUAGCAACAAGAGGAAAAUCUUCCAAAGAUUUGAUGGAGUCAGUUUGGUUUAAAGGCCCAGAAUUCCUGAGAAACGUUGAUCCACCUGCACAAACGGAACUCAGCCCCGAACCUUUCUUGAUUGCUGACAACGAUCCAGAAGUUCGAGUUAAGGCUACAAUCUACACUACCCAACUGCGUGUAAUCAAAGGUCUGACCUCAGAAAGAUUCAAUCGAUUUUCCAAGUGGAACUCCCUUCGAAGAGCGAUUGCCAAUCUGAUCAUCAAAGCAAAGAUAUUGAAAAGCCAAAACCAAAUUUCAACACCCCGCAAAAGGAAUGCCCACCAAACACAUCUGGUCAAACUACCAGUCCGAAAGCUGCCAAGAAAUCCAUCUGCUGCAGAACUAAGACAGAGCGAAGUGGUGAUGAUCAAAACCGCACAGAGCGAAGCAUACGCGGAAGAAAUCGAAACCCUUCAGCAAAACCAACUGUCUCAGAAAAGCCUUUCUCCGAAGUCCAGUAUAUAUCGUCUAGACCCAUUCGUCGACGGUGACGGUGUCCUUCGAGUUGGCGGUCGACUAAGGCAAGCAGACCAAAUGUUCCAAGAGAAACAUCCAGCUAUAUUACCCAAAGGAUGUCAUUUGGCGAGACUAGCAAUCACCCAUUACCAUAGUGAAGUGCAUCACCAAGGAAGACAGAUUACCCAUGGUGCAUUAAGACAAGGGGGAUUAUGGAUUAUCGGAGCCAAACGAAUGAUCUCAAAAAUUAUCAACCAGUGUAUCACGUGUAGAAAACUCAGAGGGAACGUUAUAACGCAGCAUAUGGCUAAUCUUCCACCAGACAGACUAGAAACGCCACCACCAUUCACAAAUGUGGGGUUUGAUGUAUUUGGCCCUUGGCAGAUACGUACUCGAAGACUAAGAGGAGGAGCUGCAAACGCUAAGAGAUGGGGUUUAGUCUUUACUUGCCUGAACUGCAGAGCGAUCCACAUUGAGGUCUUGGAAACAAUGGACUCAAGUUCCUUUAUUUGCGCCUUAAGACGCUUCUUUUCCAUUCGUGGGCCACCAUCGUUAUUGAGGUGUGAUCGAGGGACAAAUUUCGUCGGGGCAAAGUCAGAAUUAGACGAAGCGUUGAAAGAGAUGGAUCAUAAAGCAAUAGCAAAAUAUGUCGUCGAACAGAACUGUGAGUGGGUUUUUAACCCUCCCCACGCAUCCCACUUUGGCGGAGUCUGGGAGCGCCAAAUUUCCACCAUUCGGCAAGUCCUUAACGGAAUGUUUUCUGAUCUCGGUCCUUGCCAACUUACGCACGAGCUUUUGGUAACACUCAUGGCUGAGGUGUCGGGAAUUGUAAACUCACGUCCUAUUUCUACAAUACCAUCCGAUGCAGAUCAACCUCAACCCCUAACUCCUAACAUGUUGCUGACAAUGAAGACAAAACCACUCGUUUCACCACCAGGAAUCUUUACCUCUCCUGACCUAUAUUCUCGCAGACAUUGGAGGCGAGCGCAGUAUUUGGCAGAUCAAUUCUGGAGCCGAUGGAAGAACGAAUAUUUACAAAACCAACAGAGAAGAUCGAAAUGGAAUGAACGUCGUCAUAACUUGGCCGUAGGAGACAUAGUUACCAUGAAAGAAGAAGCACAUCGCAAUGAAUGGCCUCUCGGAAGAGUUGUGGACGCCGUGGAAAGUAGUAAUGACGGUUUAGUCAGAAAGGUUAAAAUUGUGAUCUGGAGAGACGGAGAAAAGAAAUAUUAUCUUAGACCGAUAAGUCAAUUAGUAUAUAUAAUGAGUACAUAA